AUGUCAAACGCCGUCGUUUUGUUUCUCUUCCUUAUCACAAUCUCCCACUCCCACUCCGGAAUAGUUCUCCCGAGUCAACACCUCCGCGACUCACUCACCUCAUCGUCGUCAAGCUGCCCCGCGCCUGACCCCAAUCUAUACUACCGACCUGUCAUCGGAAUUCUCACUCACCCCGGCGACGGCGCCACCGGUCGCCUCAGCAAUGCUACUGACGUUUCCAACAUCCCCGCCUCUUAUGUUAAAUUCGUUGAAGCUGCUGGGGCUAGAGUUAUUCCUCUUAUCUCUACUGAGCAACCUGAGAUACUUCUCAAGAAGCUUGAAUUGGUAAAUGGAGUUCUAUUCACUGGUGGAUGGGCUAAGGAAGGUUUAUAUUUUGAAAAUGUUAAAGCAAUAUUUAAGAAAGCUUUAGAAAAAUAUGAUGCCGGAGACUAUUUCCCAAUAUAUGGCAUCUGCUUAGGCUUUGAACUUAUAUCGAUGAUCGUAAGCGAGGAUAAUAAUAUUCUUGAAGCAUUUGGAGCAAGAAAUGAGGCAAGUAGCCUUCAGUUUGUGGAGAAUACAAAUAUAGAAGGAUCUGUAUUUCAAAGAUUUCCUCCAGACUUGUUAAAGAAGUUGAGUACAGAUUGUCUUGCCAUGCAAAAUCAUCGUUAUGGCAUAUCACCUUCAAAGUUCCUGAGCAAUGAAAAGUUAUCUAGUUUUUUCGGGAUCUUGACAACUUGCACUGAUGACAAUGAUAAGGUUUAUGUUUCCACAGUACGUGCACGUAAAUAUCCGGUGACUGGCUUCCAAUGGCAUCCAGAGAAAAAUGCCUUUGAAUGGGGCUCAGCAAAAAUUCCACACUCAGAGGAUGCCAUUCGGGUAACUCAGCAUAUUGCAAAUUUUUUGGUCAGUGAAGCGAGGAAAUCCUUAAACAGACCAGUUGCUCGGGAAGUGUUAGACAAUCUCAUUUACAAUUACAAACCUACUUAUGGUGGAAAGGCAGGGAAAGGAUAUGAUGAAGUUUAUCUAUUUGAAUAA